AUGGCUGAAGAUGGUGCUGAUCCUUUUCCAGAGUUGCGAAGUGUGUACAGAGUUUCUGGUCCCAAAAAUAUUCUGUUGAACACAAGCCAACUGUAUAGCAUUUCUGAUGCCAGUACUUCAAGACCCUGGGUUUCUCAAAAUUGUGCUCCAAAUGCUUGGGGAAAUCCAAAUGGUAUUCAGAAGCUUCAGUUGGUAAAGUGGGGUAACGGUGGAACAGGAGUGACUAACAGCAAUCACCAAGAGGACAAAAGCAACUUUCUUGAUGCUUUGGCUUGUAGAGGAAGUGAAAUUUUGAAUGACAGCAAUUUGCUUCCUCAGUCAAUAUCAACUGCAACAGUAGAGAAAGAAUUAAAUUCAUCUAUUGGAGUUGAUACAACUAUAUCUAAGAAUUGCGAAAAUGAUCAAGGCAAAGAUGAAAAAUUCCUAGAAACCCAUGGUGAAAACAACGAUGAGAUUGUUGACAAUAAAUCUGACAUUAUUUUUGACAGCGAUGAUAAUUGUUCUUUAGAUGACACUGACUCGGAUACUGGAGAGAGAAGCCAUGAACAGUGCAAAAAGAGCAAGUGGCUCUGGAAUUUCUUCGAUAAAUUAAAUGCACUGGCCAAUGAGGAGAUAAGUUCACGAGAUAGACAGUGGCAUUGUCCAGCGUGCCAAGGGGUGGCUGGUGCUAUUGUUUGGUACAAUGGGCUGCAGGCCCUUUUGGAUCAUUCCAGAGCAAUACAAUCAAAGAGGGCAAGACUGCACCGGAUGUUUGCUGAAACCUUGGAAGAAGAGCUUUUUAGGAGAAGGAUUCCAUUAACAAUGGUUAGUGAAAUCCAUAAUAUAUGGGAGGGUCUUGAUAAGAAAGUCAAGGAUCAUGAAAUAGUUUGGCCCCCAAUGGUUAUCAUAAUGGAUACAAGAUAUGAGCGGCUCGAAAAUAACAAGUGGAAUGGAAUGGGGAAUCAAGAACUCCUUAAUUGCUUCCGAGAUUAUGAUGCAUUAAAAGCUCGGCACUCCUAUGGUCCACAAGGUCACAGAGGGAUGAGUGCUUUAAUCUUUGAGGAAUCCGCAGCAGGUUAUUUAGAAGCAGUGCGAUUACACAAGCAUUUUAAAGAACAAGGAAGAGGUAGGGAAGCUUGGAAUAGGUGUCAGAAUCCAUUGCUACCAGGUGGGAAACGCCAACUCUACGGUUACUUGGCUUCUAAAGAAGAUUUGGACGAUUUCAAUCGGCACUCCAGAAGUAAGCCAAAUUUGAAGUUUGAAAUGAGAUCAUACCAAGAGAUGGUUGAGAGCAAGAUAAAACAUAUUCACGAUGAUAGUCGGAAGCUUAACUAUUUCAAGAGCAUGAUAGCCAAAGAACAAAUAAAAUCACAAUUCUGUGCAGAAGAUAACCAUGUUGAUCUACAGAGCAAGGAGAUGGAUUCAGAAGAAAAGAAAUUCCAGGACCAAAUUCAAGUCAUUCAACAAGCUGUAGCAGCAAAAGAAGCCGAGUUUGUUAAAUUGAAGCAGACAAUGCAAGGAAAAGCAAAAAAGACUUGUGGAGAAUUUGCCAAGAAAGAGGACAAUUGCGAGGAGUCCCAGGAGGACAAGAAGAUUAUGCAGUUGGAGUCCGAGAGAGAGAAAAUAAUAAAAAUUCAUGAAGAGAAAAAGUUGGCUCUGAAGAAGAAACUGUGGCAGGAGCUGGUUGAACUUGAGAAGGAGUUGGAGAAUGAACUGACCCAGCUCAUGGACAAGUACACUUCCAACGAGUCUCGAUAG